AUGGAAGAAAAAACAGCCAGCGUGAAGCAUCUUAACGUUAAUAGUGAUAGAAAUUAUUUUGAGUACGUUGGUUCUAAUGCUAAUGAAUAUGAUAUCGAUAACCCAUCAUUAGAUAAUGAUAGUAUAAGCUUGUUAGUGAGCUUGGUAUCCGAGAGUACUAUAGUUGAUGAUAGUGAUAGAGAUUGUGAAAUUGAUGUAGAAAUAGAAGAUAAACAUAUAGAUUCAGCAUCGAUAUUCGAGCAGGAAUCAGAACUGAAUAAAGCACAUAUUUGGUCAAAAUUUAACGUCUUGUGUCCUUUUAGAUAUGGUAGAUGGUCGUAUACAAUGUUAUUAAAAAAAAAACAAAAAGACAAAGAUCUUUAA